CCCGGGAGCCCCAGGCCCGAGCCACGCGAUCUGCCGGCCGCCCGGGGCUCGGGCCGGGGAAGCGCGAUGGCGACUUGGCGGCGGGACGGCCGGCUGACGGGCAGCCAACGGCUGCUGUGCGCGGGGCUGGCGGGGGCGCUCAGCCUCAGCCUCACCGCGCCGCUGGAGCUCGCCACCGUGCUGGCCCAGGUCGGCGUCGUGCGCAGCCGCGCCCGGGGGCCGUGGGGCGUAGGGCUCCGCGUCUGGCGGGCCGAGGGGCCCCGCGCCCUGUGGAAGGGGAACGCGGUGGCCUGCCUGCGCCUCUUCCCCUGCAGCGCCGUUCAACUGGCCGCCUACCGCAAGUUUGUUGUGCUGUUCACGGAUGACCUGGGCCACAUCUCCCAGUGGAGGUCCAUCAUGGCUGGGAGUCUUGCGGGCAUGGUUUCCACCAUCGUGACAUAUCCUACAGACCUCAUCAAAACCCGGUUAAUUGUGCAGAACAUGCUGGAACCAUCUUACAGGGGGAUCCUCCAUGCUUUUUCUACUAUUUAUCAACAGGAAGGGUUCCUGGCCCUUUAUCGAGGGGUUUCCCUUACUAUUUUAGGUGCUCUCCCUUUCUCUGCUGGCUCCCUUCUAGUUUACAUGAACCUGGAGAAAAUCUGGAAUGGACCCCGAGAUCGGUUAUCUCUCCUCCAGAACUUUGCCAAUGUCUGCCUGGCUGCCGCAGUGACCCAGACACUCUCCUUUCCCUUCGACACGGUGAAGAGAAAGAUGCAGGCUCAGAGCCCCUACCUUCCCCACUGUGGAGGAGUAGAUGUCCAUUUCUCAGGAGCAGUGGACUGCUUCCGGCAGAUAGUGAAAGCCCAAGGGGUCCUGGGGCUCUGGAAUGGAUUGGCAGCCAACUUACUGAAGAUAGUUCCAUAUUUUGGAGUUAUGUUUGGCACCUUUGAGUUCUGCAAGAGAAUCUGUCUUUACCAAAAUGGCUACAUCGUGUCUCCUCUGAGCUAUAAAUUGACCCCAGGGGUGGAUCAGAGUUUGAAGCCCCAGGAAUUACGGGAAUUAAAGAAGUUUUUCAAAACUGGACAACUAAAGUCUAAAAAACCAACUCUUUAAAACUGAAUGGAGCUAGAAGUGCACUGACUGAAGGUGUGUUGCAAUCAGAGAGAAAGGUAGCCUCAGAAUUGUGCACGCGUGGAGUGACAAGAGGGUGCUCCUGUCUGCUGCUCUUGGAAAUGAGAAGAUUCGGCCAUACCUGAGCUCCAAACUGAUGGCCCUGUAAACACCUACGCCACCGAGGGUUUCCCAACAUGACCGUCGCAGGAUGGCAUUCCACCAGAUUUUACAACAAAACCUAGCAGUAGUGAAAUGUGCAAUCUACACUCUGAAUGUAAGUAGGCAAUUUACACAACACCAAAGAAAGGGCAUUGCCAUGACUCCUCAGAGCAACAUGUAGUUGAAGUGGCUGGGCAGAUACCAGGCCGGGAGCUCCGCCACAGGCUCACAGCUUACACCAACCCACAGCAGCCUAGUUUCACCCAGAUUCACUCCAGGCUUCCUGGAGUGAAUUCCUGAUACAGUCCUGGAACUCAUAAUCUUUGCUGACUUCUGAGUGCACACACCAUGGUGUAAAUUAUGCCUUAUCAGAAACUAAAUGAAAACGUUUAACAUUUAAAAGUUACCACUGUCGAGGAGGAAAACAAGAUGGCGGAGUAGAAGGACGUGCUCUCACUCCCUCUUACGAGAACACCAGAAUCACAACAAGCUGCUGGACAGUCAUCGACAAGAAGACACUGGAACUCACCAAAAAAGAUACCCCACAUCCAAAGACAAAGGAGAAGCCACAACGAGACGGUAAGAGGGGCGCAAUCACAGUAAAAUCAAAUCCCAUAACUGGUGGGUGGGUGACUCACAGACUGGCGAACACUUAUACCACAGAAGUCCACCCACUGGAGUGGAGGUUCUGAGCCCCACAUCAGGCUUCCCAACCUGAGGGUCUGGCAAUGGGAGGAGGAAUUCCUAGAGAAUCAGAUUUUGAAGCCUAGUGGGAAUUGAUUGCAGGACUUCGACAGGACUGGGAUAAACAGAGAUUCCAUUCUUGGAGGGCACACACAAAGUAGUGUGUGAAUCGGGACCCAGGGGAAGGAGCAGUGACCCCGGGAGAGACUGAACCAGACCUACCUGCUAGUGUUGGAGGGUCUCCUGCAGAGGCGGAGGGUGGCUCUGUUUCACCGAGGGGACAAGGACACUGGCAGCAGAAGUUCUGGGAAGUACUCCUUGGUGUGAGCCCUCCCAGAGUCUGUCAUUAGCCCCUCCAAAGAGCCCAGGUAGGCUCCAGUGUUGGGUUGCCUCAGGCCAAACAACCAACAGGGAGGGAACCCAGCCCCACUGAUCAACAGUCAAGUGGAUUAAAGUUUUACUGAGCUCUGCCCACCAGAGCAACAGUCAGCUCUACCCACCACCAGUCCCUCCCAUCAAGCCUCUUAGAUAGCCUCAUCCACCAGACGGCAGACAGCAGAAGCAAGAAGAACUACAAUCCUGCAGCCUGUGGAACAAAAACCACAUUCACAGAAAGAUAGACAAGAUGAAAAGGCAGAGGGCUAUAUACCAGAUGAAGGAACAAGAUAAAACCCCAGAAAAACAAUGAAAUGAAGUGGAGAUAGGCAAUCUUCCAGAAAAAGAAUUCAGAAUAAUGAUAGUGAAGAUGAUCCAGGACCUUGGAAAAAGAAUGGAGGCAAAGAUCAAGAAGGUGCAAGAAAUGUAUAACAAAGACCUAGAAGAAUUAAAGAACAGACAAACAGAGAUGAACAAUACAAUAACUGAAAUGAAAAAUACACUAGAAGGAAUCAAUAGCAGAAUAACUGAGGCACAAGAAUGGAUAAGUGACCUGGAAGACAGAAUGGUGGAAUUCACUGCUGCGGAACAGAAUAAAGAAAAAAGAAUGAAAAGAAAUGAAGACAGCCUAAGAGACCUCCGGGACAACAUUAAACACAACAACAUUCGCAUUAUAGGGGUCCCAGAAGGAGAAGAGAGAGAGAAAGGACCAGAGAUAAUAUUUGAAGAGAUUAUAGUCGAAAACUUCCCUAACAUGGGAAAGGAAAUAGCCACCCAAGUGCAGGAAGCGCAGAGAGUCCCAUACAGGAUAAACCCAAGGAGAAACACGCCGAGACACAUAGUAAUCAACUUGGCAAAAAUUAAAGACAAAGAAAAAUUACUGAAAGCAGCAAGGGAAAAACGACAAAUAACAUACAAGGGA